AUGGCAAGUAAUUAUAUAGGAACAGAUGUAUCGAUGAUUGAUAAAAUGGAAUAUUAUUUAACAAAUGAUUUACAAGCAACAAGUGAUGAAAUUGAUUAUAUUAAACGUUUAUAUAAUACAAAAACAAAAGAUCGAGGAAUACUAAAAAGAAAACCAAAUGUUCGAUUACCAUCAACAAUAGUUGAUAAUUUUCUCUAUCAUGGUCAUGUUGGACAUGCAAAAAAUUGGAAUUUAUUAAAUGAAAUUGGAAUAAAACAUAUUUUAAAUAUUUGUGAAAUUGAAUUAAAUAAAGAAAUUCUUGAUAAUUUUAAUGUUUUAUGGAUCAAUAUUGAUGAUGAUCACUCUAAAGUUUUCGUUCAUUGUCAAUUGGGAAUAUCUCGUUCAUCUUCAAUUGUUCUUGCAUAUCUUAUGAAAUAUCAUCAUGAAAAUUUAAUUGAUGCCUAUGAUCAUUUAGUUAAUUGUCGACGUAUUGCUUCACCGAAUUUUGGCUUUUUUCUUCAACUUAUUCGAUAUGAAAAGACUCUUCAUAAAUUUUUAUCUUCAAAUGAAUCACAUGGAAAAGAUAAGAUUUGUCAAUAA